CGAAAAUAUAUUAACGUCAACUUUGGUGUUGCCUUAUCAAAACAUGAAUCUUUAAUUUUAUUUUAUUCAUAAUUUUUGUAUUUUAUUUAUUUUAAACAUCAAUAAGAAAUGCUUAUCCACUAGGAGUAAUACGACACAAUGACUGGAAAAUGAUUACUCAAAGCAAUUUAAAGCUUUUCCUCAUUUUUGGGCUGUCUAUGUGCAUUAGUGGUUUGGUGCUUCUUAGUAUUUUACCUUUAAAUUCCGACUGCAAUUGCCCAGAUGUCUACAACUCAUUGGCAUCAAAAGAAGAUAUUCCUAGUGACACACUCACAAUCAAUCCCGCAUCAAGUCAUAAACUGGCCAUUCUCGUUCCGUUCAGGGACCGUUUCGACGAACUGCUUAAAUUUGUGCCACAUAUAACUGAUUUCCUGCGGCGACAGAAGGUCAACCAUCAUGUUUUUGUUCUGAAUCAAGUCGACAGAUACAGAUUCAAUCGUGCUUCUCUCAUCAAUGUGGGAUUCCUGUUCACAAAAUUGGAUUUCGACCAUAUUGCCAUGCACGAUGUCGAUCUGCUUCCCCUAAACGACAAGCUUAAAUACAAGUUCCCCGACAAGGGACCUCAUCAUAUCGCCUCACCCGAAUUCCAUCCCAAGUACCACUAUGAAACAUUUGUUGGUGGCGUUCUGCUGGUUAGGCGGGAACACUUCCAAUUAAUGAAUGGCAUGUCCAAUCGGUACUGGGGAUGGGGUCUCGAAGAUGACGAGUUCUAUGUUCGGAUUAAAGACGCCGAAUUAGAAGUCACGAGACCCAAGAACAUAGGAACCGGAGUCAAUGACACAUUUCAACACAUCCACAACAGACUACACCGGAAACGAGAUACUCAAAAGUGCUUCAACCAGAAGGAAGUUACUCGCAAAAGAGACCGACAGACGGGACUCGAUACGCUACAAUACAACAUAAGCGGGGUCAACAGUUUGACCAUCAAUGGGAUUCCCGUGACGAUUGUGAACAUUGCCCUACAUUGUGACAUGAAAUUAACCCCUUGGUGCGAUUGUUCAGGAACUGCGAGUGCAGCUAUUGCCCCCUCAUGACGAUAAAUCACAAAAGAAAAUAAAUAAUUUGAUAGUUAUAAAUGGA